AUGGCGGUGCUGUCGGUGGAGUUCGCGGCCGAGGGGUUGAGACUCCACGAGAGGUUCGAAGCACUGCAGGGCCAGGUGCAGCCCAGGGCCCUGGGCCUUGGCUUCAUGGAUUGGUGUCCGGUGCUGCUGACCUUGCCAGGCGACACCUCACUUGGCACCAAGCAGCUCCACUUCGGCGGCCGUGGCAAGGCCAUGCUGUUGGAAGUCACUUGGUCGGAGGUCCGGCAGAUGGCGAAGAGAGCUCCCCUGUGGCUACUGCUCCUCAGCGACACUCGCCAGGUCCUGGCCUCCGCCUGCUUGGACCUGGCCCCAGCCGUGGCCCACGCCGUGGCCCUCGGGGCGAACGCGGCUGCGGGCGGCUUCGGGGUGACGGAGGUGGAGCUGACCUCGAGCCACGGCAGCGAGGCGGUGGCAAGGGUGGAGUGUGCCGUGCGGGUCAGGUGGGUCUGGGAAGUCCCGGAAGUCCGGGAAGUGGCAAAGGAUGGGGAAAACUUGGAGGAUGUGAAGGGUGAGCUGAAAGAGCUGAAAGAGCUGAAAGAGCUGAAAGAGCUGAAGGAUGGGAUGGAAGAGAAGGAACACUUGGGCGAUGAGAAGGAUUUGAGGCUGAAAGAUGUGAAAGAUGUGAAAGCUGGGAUGGAACAAGAAAAGUUGGAGGAUGGGAAGCUGGAUUUGGCAGCCAUUUUUGCGGAUGACAUCGCGGUUCAGUCGGCACAGCUGGAGGUGGCUCCGGCCAAAGAUGCUGCCACAGGGCCUGAAGUCGUCCCAGUACCCAAGGAGCAUCUGACAGAGGCGCCGUUGCGCGAAGAGGAUCAGAUCCUGUUGAUGGGGCCUGGCGACAGCCCGGAGAAAGCCAUUGAAACCCCUGAGAACAAGGAGAAUAUGGUGGGCCUACCCUCCGCCCCCAUCCCUGCGGAGUCGCUGGAGGGCUCCUGCACCCUGAGCAUCUCGGCGUUGACGCUGGUCUCGGAGAUGACGCGGGAACUGAUGACGCUGGGCGACUCGCAGAGCCUAGUGCAGCGCGCGGAGAAAAACAUUGGUGGUUGCCAGUGGUUGCUGGGAUGGGAUGGUGAGUUCGCAAAGACGAACCUGGAAACCAAGGUGCGAUUUGCGUUCAUGAUGUACGAUGAGGAGCAAGAUGGGUCCGUGUCCAGGGAGGAACUCUCCGAGAUGCUGCGCGGGAUGGCGCCCUACAUGCGAAGUGCUCAUCGAGAUGCGCACUUGGAAAGGAUCUAUGCCCUGCACAAUCUGCAUCCCAACUCGCGUGUCUCCUUCGAUGAGCUCAUGGACUGGCACUGUUGUGAAUGCUGCUGA